UUCUUCUUCCGGCACACAAUCAUGGCGCCCCCAGUCCCGCUGUUAGCAGUGCGUGGAUCAGAUGGUACGUCUCUACUCUGUGGUCCUCCACAGUGUGAGCAGCAUGCAGCCUUCACCAGGGACUCACGGCUCAGCAGGUGUGUCACCUUCAGCAGAGACGGGACACUGUUUGGCUGGUGCAACGGACAAAGUGUCUCUGUGGUGAGAUCUUCAGAGGGCUCCAUCUUGUCGACCUUUGACCUCCCUAAGACGGCUCUGCUGGAGUUUUCUCCUCUGAACACUGUGCUGGUCACCUGGCAACCAUACAGCAAGAGUCAGGACAGUUCUCAGGGUGAAGCGAACCUCCAGCUGUGGGAGCUGCAGAGCGGUCAGCUGAUCAAAGCUCUGUAUCAGAAGAAGGUUGACUCCUGGUGUCCCAGCUGGUCUGAUGAUGAGAAGAUCUCUGUGAGGAGCGUCAACAAUGAGCUGCACUUCUAUGAGAACAACGACUUCAACUCCAUCGCCAACAAGCUUCACAUGCAGAAAGUCUCAGACUUUGCGUUGUCACCUGGAGGUCAGCCCAGCAAGGUAGCAGUCUACGUCCCAGGCAGUAAAGGAGCUCCUUCAUUUGUGCGUCUGUACCAGUACCCGGUGCUGGGGGGACCAACUGCAGCGCUCGCCAACAAGAGCUUCUUCAAGGCUGACAGAGUCACCAUGCAGUGGAACAAGAAAGCCUCGGCGGUUCUGGUGACGGCGAGUACUGAGGUGGACAAGACUGGAGCUUCAUAUUAUGGAGAGCAGACGCUGCAUUACCUGGCUGUUAAUGGAGAGACUGCUCUGGUUCAGCUGCCAAAGAACGGUCCAAUCUACGAUGUGGCCUGGAGUCCAAACUCUGCAGAGUUCUGUGUGGUCUACGGCUUCAUGCCAGCAAAAGCCACCAUCUUCAACAUUAAAUGUGACCCGGUGUUCGACUUCGGAACCGGACCGAGAAAUGCCGCCUACUACAGUCCUCAGGGCCACAUACUGGUCCUGGCUGGCUUCGGGAACCUGCGGGGUCAGAUGGAGGUCUGGGACGUGAAGAAAUACAAACAGGUGUCCAAACCUCAGGCUCCAGAUGCCACACAUUUCUGCUGGUCUCCUGACGGUGAGCACGUCAUCACGGCAACCUGUUCUCCCCGGCUGCGGGUGAGUAAUGGUUAUAAGAUUUGGCACUACACUGGCUCGGUUCUGCACAAAUGGGAUGUGGCGGCCGGUUCGGAGCUGUGGGAGGUUCGCUGGCAGCCGUUCCCUGACGGCAUCUUCCCCGAGCGUGCCAUCAAGUACCAGGCAGCACCCAGCGAGCUGGGGAGCACGCAGGCCCCACCCACACAGGCAUACCGCCCACCUGCACUGAGACAUCUGCCAGCCACGCCCAGCGCCAAACUGCAUGAGGAGGAGCCCCCUCAGAACAUGCGUCCAGGUGUUUCGGGGGAGAAGAGUCUUUCUAAAGCAGCUCUGAAGAAUCAGAGGAAACGAGAAGCUAAGAAGGCAGCUAAACAGGAAUCAAAGUCUGAACAUGAGCCUCCAUCUGACCCCGCCCCCGUCACCAACAGCCAAUCAGAACCAACCAGCGGUGACCCGGAGAUGGACAAGAAGAUAAAGAAUUUAAAGAAGAAACUUAAAGCCAUUGAGGAGCUGAAGGAGCAGCAAGCAUCUGGAAAAGUCCUGCAGAAGAACCAGCUGGAGAAGAUCCAGAAGGAGGACCAGCUGCUAAAGGAGCUGGAGGAGCUGCAGAUCGGAUAGUAGGGGGUGCUGCUGGAGCUACAGUCUACAACUCCAAGUCCUACAAUCCAUCACUCAUGCACAAACACAGAGGAGGGGUCAGUGCGUGUGUUUCACUGAAGCUGCAUCUGUUGCUUUAGUGCUGAAAUGUUUUCUGUUUCCUUCACCUGACACCCGAGGACAGGUGAGGAGGGGGCAUGGAGUUCUGAUACAUUUCUAUUUGGAUCUGCCUGUGAUCAAUUCAUUCCUCUGCCUCUGGAGCUUCUGCAGAGGAAUCUCGGAAAUGUAGUUCACUAAAAAAUGAAAUGAACAAUUUGUCACCAAAUAACUGCUGUGUGUGUGUGUGACUGUUGUGUGGUGUGUGUGUGUGUGUGUGUGUGUGUGUGUGUGUGUGUGUGUGUGUGUGAGAUAGAGAGAGAGAGACAUUAAAUAUAAAGCAGGCCACUGAACCCUGUUGCUGUGCAACAUCUGUACAGAUGCUGAAGCCUUUGACAGUGUUCCUUUCAGAAUAAAAGCCUCCCCUCCACUCA